AUAUGAUAAAUUUGAUUGUAGGCGCCGUGUGAUUCCCAAACUAUUUAUAUUCAUCUUUUCACGAACAUGCUCCUGCCUGCGUUUUAUUGAUUUGCAGGAAAUUAUACCCUAACGACGCCGCUUUAAAAAGAAAACAUCCGCCCUUCCUUGAGAAAGAAACUUUGUGGGGUUCAUAAAUUUCGAAGAGAUCUUACUGCGUCACAGCCGGAAAUCUUUAUUAACCCGACCGUGACCGAACGGUUUUCUGAAAAAACUACGAAUGGACUAUUAACUUUCCAACGGAGUCAUCGUUAGUGGAGAGUAUAGCUGUUCUGAGGCCAGAUCACUGCAAACUUUGCAGGAGAAUUUCAAGGGACGGCUGUACACCGAUGUCUGUAGAAACUGCUCUCACUACGGCCUUUAUGGUUCUAGUUUCUGUAGUUGGAACCGCGGGAAAUGCACUGGUCAUACUAGCAAUCCUUUACAAACGAAGGCUGAGGAAUAUUCCCAAUUAUUUCAUCCUUGAUUUAGCAGUGUGCGACUUGCUGAUCGUUUCUUUGGCCGUGCCUUUGCGUCUCGUGGAAGGUUUUCAACCAGGAUCAGUUCCUUGCAGUGUAGUGAUAGCAGUGACUAUUCUUUUCGACGGUUUGUCCAGAAUAAACAUUAUCUUUAUUAGCAUCGAUAGAUUGAUAGCGGUGAAAUUUCCUUUCGCGUACAAUGCGCGCAUGACUCCAGUAACUGUGGCCAUUUUUAUUACAAGUGGAUGGAUAAUCAUGACAUUAUUUGCUAUUUUACCCGUUCUCGGCGUGGGCUUGGCCCCGGCUGAAUUGCUACGUCAGAAUCAGGGAUUGUGCUUCUUUUCCACAAACUUAUCAACAGCGUAUCUCCUUGUUUUUCUCAUCGGCUUUUGUCUGCUGCCAUUGGUUUUGGUCACACCAAUCAACUGCUUUCUGCUCAAGGUAAGUCACCGACAGAUGAGGGUGAUACACAUACAACAUAUGCAGCUAGAGAGUACGGCAAAUGCAUAUUCACAGACUGCAAUUGCCUCGAACUUUGGUGGCAGUGAUCAACCGUCGAAUGUUCAAGAGCAAAACAAAACAUUUGCUUUAAAACAGAGGCGAAUUGUACGGAUGGUAAUAACCUUAGUUGGUUUGUUUGUCAUUCUGGUCCUCCCUAUCACGAUAAUCGAUCUCAUGAGCGCGUUUGGAGUGUCAAAUGCCCCACCGCUCGUCGCUAAAAUAGCUGUUUGUAUGAUUUACACCAAUGCAACUAUCAAUGUUUUUGUUUACGCGGGUUUCAACGGGGAAUUUCGAAGAACUUUUUGUGAAAUAUUUCGCGCUGUAAAGGCACGAGUGGUGAGAGUUUUGCCUUGUUUGUAAUUAACGUAGUCGAAGUAACUUUGAUCUGGAUUAAAAUUUUUUGAAGGGGAAUUUGAUAUAAGGAUCGCUUAUCACGAUGAAAGAAGCAAGAGAAUAGUUUACCGAUAAAAUAGCUAAAAAGGAUUUAAAUCUAGGUGGAGGUGCAACUUAUUUUUGAAUGUUGCUGAUCGUCUAUGUGUUUGUAUUCAAUAAGGCAACCUGAAACUAUAAUUGGAUAAUUAUGAGACCACUCAGAGCGAUCUUUAGACGCACCUCAGUGAAUAUUCGCCUGUUGUUAUUGUAAAUCAUAAUCUUGUGUAAAUAAAAUAUGUUCAUUUAUUUUCCAUUGUCACUCAUCUCACACACAAGCGCAUUUCGAGUACAAGCAAUAUACUGCAGCGCGUCUAAUUAGGGGGAUAGAAACGUUUCCCGGCUCCCAGUUGAGCAGAGGAGAUCGAUUUU